CGCACACAACACGCGUGGAUGUGCAGAUACACUGUAGCUUGGGGAGUUCUUCUGAGAGACGUCGUCCUGUGAAAAUGAUAUCUUUCUACCUCCAAAGAACUUCUGUCCCUCCUCAUGCUUUAGUAUAGCAUCAGUAUCAGAACUUCAGGACGCAGCUCAAUCAGGAAAAGACAAUAAUAAUAAAAAAAAUAUCAAGAUCUGAUCUGAAGAAGCUGGACUUGAUAUUUAUUGAAUUUACGGUCAAAGUAAAGCUUUUUUUCCCCAAAAGGGGCCAUGCCCCAUCUGCGCAACAAUGACAGUUCCUUCAGCUCUAGGCAAGAGCUUUUGGACCUGCAGGAUGGACCCAUGGGCCCCAGUGUGGAUUUGCCAAGCCCACUGGCAUCACAGGUCGGCACACCUACUGGAUCCACCCCUUACCGUCCAUCCAUAGAUGCCCCAAUCAAGACGACCAAAAACACUGUUAAUCUCUCUGGGACUACAGUGGGGGUUAAUUUUCUGUCCUCAGACACAGAAAACUUGUGUGGAUGGGGAGCCCUGACCCCCCGUUUUAUUCAGAGCUUUAACACUGCACGAUGGGUGCUCUUCUUCUUAUGUGUGGCCUCAUUCCUUCAGGGCAUGAUAAUUAAUGGUUUCAUCAACACAGUCAUCACGUCUAUCGAGAGACGCUUUGACCUGCGGAGCUAUCAGGCUGGAUUAAUCGCUAGCUCCUAUGACAUUGCUGCCUGCGUGUGCCUGACAUUCGUGAGUUAUUUCGGUGGCACAGGGCACAAGCCCCGCUGGCUGGGCUGGGGAGUUUUCAUAAUGGCUCUUGGCUCACUCGUGUUUGCGCUGCCACACUUCACCACACCACCUUAUGAGCCGAGAAUACUGGAGCACAGGGGGCUAUGCUCGGCUAACCAGACGGAGGAGUGUGAGGGCAGCAGAGGGAGUGGACUCUCAUUGUAUCGCUACAUCUUCAUGCUGGGCCAAUUUUUGCAUGGGGUUGGUGCUACACCGCUCUAUACACUAGGCGUUACUUACCUGGAUGAGAACGUCAAGUCUAAUUAUGCACCUGUCUACAUAGGUAUAUUCUACACCGCAGCUAUUAUAGGCCCAGCAGCUGGAUACCUGCUGGGUGGCUUUUUCCUCAACAUAUACACAGAAAUUGGCAAAAUAACUCUUCUGACACCAGAAAGCCCACUGUGGGUGGGGGCAUGGUGGGUUGGGUUCCUGGCUGGAGGUGGCGCUGCCCUCAUCACCGCUCUACCCAUUUUGGGCUAUCCUCGCCAACUUCCAGGAUCUCAGAACUUUAUAGCCAUGCGUGUGUCUGAGGCUCAUCAGCUGAAGGAUGGAAGCCAAGCGACUGCCUCUGAUCCCCAGUUUGGCAAGACAGUAAAAGACAUGCCUAGGUCAGUUUUGCUUCUGCUAAAGAACCCUACAUUUAUUUUUCUAUGUCUGGCUGGUGCUACAGAGGCCACUCUAAUUGCUGGCAUGUCCACUUUUGGGCCUAAGUUCUUGGAGUCUCAGUUCAGUCUUAGUGCCUCCGAAGCAGCCACCUGGUUUGGCUACAUGGUGGUACCUGCUGGAGGGGGUGGCACCUUCCUGGGUGGUUACAUUGUAAAGAAGAUGAACCUGCGUUGCCGUGGCAUCAUUCGCUUCUGCAUGCUUUGUGCCCUUGUGAGCCUUGUAGCUGUCUUCGUGUUUCUCCUGCACUGCCCCAAUGUGCCUAUGGCCGGAGUGACCACCCCAUAUCGGGGCAACUCUGAAAUCAUCACUUCCUUCAACGCACAGCUUCAGAGCAGUUUUGUAGCUGGCAAGAAUUUGACCGUAGGCUGCAAUGCAGAAUGUCACUGUGCAAAGACACUGUAUAACCCAGUGUGUGGUGCUGAUGGUGUGAUGUACUACUCUCCCUGCCAUGCUGGCUGCAGUGAUGUCAACAGCACACACAGGCCCUCAGAAAGACAGUUGUUUACAGACUGUAGAUGUAUUUUGGGUAAUAUGUCAAGUGACAGUGAAGGCUGGGCCAUAGCAGGAAAGUGUAGCUCCACCUGUAACCACAUGCCUGCCUUCCUCACCUUCUUCUUCAUCAUCAUUUCCUUCACCUUUCUGUGCAGUAUACCUGCUCUCACAGCUACGCUAAGGUGUGUCCCUGAUAGUCAGAGGUCUUUUGGACUCGGCAUUCAGUGGAUUGUGGUGCGAACUCUGGGUGGCAUCCCAGGUCCAAUAGCAUUUGGAUCAGUGAUUGACAUUUCAUGUUUGCUGUGGCAAGAGCAGUGUGGCGAACGUGGGUCUUGUUACCUUUACCAGAAUUCUGACAUGAGCCAAUACACACUUGUUGCUGGCAUCAUCUACAAGUUUUUGGGCACUUCAUUUUUCAUGCUGGCAAGUGUGCUGUACAAGCCUCCUCCAGAAUCACCCCAGGACAGCUGUGAGAACACAGACAACAGUGCAGCAGACAAAGGUGUGGAGGACAGACACCUGCCAGUCAAAGACCUCCCCCCUGAGAUCAUAGCCAAUGUUCAUGCCAAGUUGUGACCUCCAGCUACAAACACACACGUGCAUGAGUGUGUGUGUGAUAUCAUUCUGUACAUGUUAUGAGCUUUAUCUAAACCCUAGGUCUUUUUUUCAGUUGCACACAAAUUGGGCCAGACAUGCUUUACAUAAAAAAUUAUACAUGAAGAUACAUGAAGAUCAUCCAAUACAGCAAACAUCUUGCAGCAGGAUCACUCUUUUUAAUGAACUGUUAAUAAAUGUUAAAAAUUAAAAAAGGGAUAUGGGCCAUUAAGUGUUGAUUAUUAUAUUUAAUUAUUUAAAUUCAUCUAAUUCUUUACAUUAUCAUAGAUAGAUUAGAUAUUAUAAGCUCAGUUGGAGAGGCCCACCAUAUAAUAGAGCAGGUCCAACUUUUAAAAGGAUUGAUAAAUUGCACAUUGGUUGGAUUAGGUGUUUGGAGGACUGUAAGUAAUGAUUUUUUUAUUUUUAAUUUUUUAAACAGUGUAUGCAAUGUGAGUUUGGACCAUGUGCCAACAGUUUUAUUAUUUUUCCUGCAGAAAAAUACCAAAUUGUAGUGUAAUGCAUUAUAUAAUUUUAAAGACACAAAAUGUUACAAUAUUAGCUGUUCUUUUUCUUAAUUAACUGAUUUAGGUUGUAAUAGAAGUGUGUGCAAAGUGGGCAUACACCCUGGAUGAGUCCAUCACAGGACACCAUGCACACAUAUUCCCAUGCUCAUUAAUACUAGAAGCUAAUUCACCUAAAACCAGGUAGGGGGAAUUCAGACAACAUGAAGAAAUUUAGACAGUAAAACAAACUUAGGAUCUAUCCUGGAGCUGUUUGUGACAAUGAUUUCUGUUAUGCUACAGUAUCAUGAAUAUAUAUUAAGUAAAAAAAAAGAAUUAAUUUGCAAAAACAAAUGCCCCAGUUUUUAUUAAUUGACACAAAUGGCACGUUUUUAUUAUGCACUCCAGGAAAUAUCAAUCAGAUUGGUCUUAAGUUUUUCUGAUUAAGUAAACAAUAAUAGUAAAAAAUAGUUUAGUAAAAGUCAUCUGAUGGUAAUUCAGACUGUGGCACACAUAAAAGAUUUUACACAGCAGAGUGUGGCAUGUAUCUGUUUUGGCAAAUGAGCCCCUAUUUAAAUAUACAGUAUGAUGACUAAUGUAUACAGUACCUUCUGCUGUAGAGGCCUAUUUUUGAGCACUUAGUAAAUAAACUGUAGGUACUAAUACAGUAUAAAGUAUUUCCAGACAAAUUAACAAUUUAUUUCAAGGACCUUCUUUGCAGAUAGUAAGGAUAAUCUGAGUAUUAUAGGUGUUCUGCUAGACAACUCUACAGGAAACAAACAUUUCAGAUGAUUGAGUAAUUGAUGCUCCUGCUGAGCCUUUACUUAUAAUCUGCAACUCUGUUUGCACUUUAAUUUUCUAAAACUAAUUCACAGAUUCACUGAACAGCAUAUACAGUAUGAGUAUUUAGAUGACAAUUUUAAUACAAAUGUAUAAGCUAUUAUCAAUGUUCUUACUAUGGCUCACAUACUUACAUAUUUAUGCCUUUUUUAUGGCUAGCUAAAAUACAAAUAUGACCUACAGCUUUAUGCUUUUGAAAGAGAUGUCUAGUGCCAAAAUUUCAUUCUUUAAGACUAUGCAGAUCAGAGUGGAUUUAUGGAUCUGGUUUAUGUCGGACCUUACAAAAAAUGAAGGUGGGGCAAAAUAUAUAUAUGUUAGUUGUAAGUUUGUUAACUUACUGUACCUGCUUGAAAGUGUAAACAUUAUAAUGGUGAUAUAUAUUUUCAACAGGAGUUCAGCAUAUUUUCAGUAUGUCAUAAUAGCCUUUUUUAAUUAUUAUACUUUUACAUCAAACUUGUGCCAAGCUGAAUGGUUAACUCAUACAGUACAGUAAAUGUCACAUAACCACAAUGUGGUAAUAUGUAUUCUUGUGCAUGAGUGCUAUCAUGCUGCUCUGUUUCACAAAUGUGUUCCUUAUAAAUUCACAAACUACCAAAUGCAUCUAGCCAUUGGCACCUUUAAUACAUUUUAUGAUCAUUUUUACCAGCAUAUAUACUUUUUGUACUCAUAUGUUGAAAGACUGUUUAUAUAUCAAACAAACAUUUGAAACUUUUUAAAAGGGACAAAUGUAUUGCAGCCCUAACACCCUCACUAAGUUUAUUUCCUAUAAAAUGCACUUAAGAAACGUUUUGAGGAAUUGCACAAAGGAAUUGAAAUUGUGAGUGAUACUUUUUUUCUUCGUAUUGUUUAUAAUGUGGGUUUUUUUUUUUUUUGAUUGUUUUUGCCCUAAUGACUGCAAGCAACUAUUCCUCAUAUGCCUUUAUGAUAUUUCCAGUAAACAUUUGUGAUUAGUAGUGUAAUUCUCUUACUGUUAGCUGUAGAUAUAAAUAGUGUCAUCUCAUUGCAUUCCAAUAAAAACGGGGGAUGGGGUAAGAAGGGGCUUUCCUGUUCUGGUUUGAUACUUAUGUUCAAGAUCUCUUUUUGAUGCAAACAUUUCAGUAAAUGUUUUUUUAAGAAUCAACAGGUAAAUCCACAAACCUGUGUCUGUGUCAUGCUUAAUGUCACUUUAACUGGGA